AUGCACCCACGGCCUGCCUGGGCGUCCACCUCAGGCACACAGCAGUCUGGAUCGACACAGUCGCCAUGGAAUGCUUCACUACUUCGUGACUUGCUAAGCACGGAUACCGGGCUCGUCGAAACGGCAGGACAUGGUCACCACUACCACCGACACUCACGACACUUGCCGGCUGAUCGCUUAGAGGUGGAACGGCUACGUGAUGCCAAUGAGACACAAGGCCGCGUCGCUGAGCCAGCAGCGAUCGAGCAGCUACAGUUCCAUCCCAGUCAUCAUACACACGUUCUUUUGACAGCCUCGCGUGACAGGCGUGUUCGCUUGUUUCAAGUGGAUGGCAAGACGAAUCCUAUGUUGGAGUCAUUGCAUGUGCCGGACUUGCCGAUCAAGACGGCACUUUUCCAUCCUUCCGGAACGUCGGUGUUGAUCGCUGGGCCGCGGCCGUACUUGUAUGCAUACGACAUUCGCACGGGCAAGACACUCUGCUCAAGUCCAUGGCGUGGCUCUGGCCGUGUCGUGUCCAGCGCCGCUGGUACAGAGGCCGAUGCGGGUGCCGAACGCGACUUGAGUUUUGUUCGUUUCCAACCAGGUGCGUCAUCCCGUCUCGUAGCUGUGGGUGGACGUCGUGGACAAGUACACCUGCUAGACUGGGGCGCUGGCGCAGCGGGGCAGACAGGUGGUCAACGCGUAGGAGAGCUACGUAUGAAUGCACCACUCGCCGGCAUGGCAUGGGCUGCCGGAAAUGGAAGCAGCGGGCUUGACGGUGUAAAUGAACAUCGUCUUCUAACUUUAUCGACAGAAGGCCGGAUUCAUGUGUGGGACAUGCGGAGUCGCUCUUGCCCAGUGACCGCAUACGACUCGGGGCUGUUUGGUGCCAAGGGACUGGAAGUCACGCCCUCUUAUUCAAUGAUGGUACCGACGUUCUGGGCUAUUGGUUCUAGCAAUGGACUCGUCAAUAUGUACGGUGGUGCUGAUGGUGCGCAAGGUGGUGCGGAUGCCACUACAAGCGCUCAGCUCGAAGAGCUCUUGAGCACAUCGACAGCCUCUUCUGUCAUGGACGAUGUGCGACUGCAUGCACGCAAAUCACUCGGAAAUCUCACCACCGCAACGACGUCCAUGCAAUUUAGUCACGAUGCGCAGCUGCUUGCGCUCGCGAGUCGGAACAAGAAGGAUGCCUUACGGAUAGUGCAUGUGCCCACAUUGCAGACGUUUUCAAAUUGGCCUACAGCCGGCACACCAUUGGGCCACGUUACUUCGAUUGACUUCUCGACUCGCAGCGAAUACUUGGCGAUCGGCAAUUCGCGUGGUCGUGUCUUGCUAUACUCACUACGCUCAUACCUGUAG